AUGCUCCGUCUUUCCCCCUUCUCGUUCCUAAUCACCCCUAAUCAUCCCUCAUUCCAAAUCUCCUCUCAUCCCCAAUGCCCCUCUUCUCGUCCUUACGUCGCAUUUCCUUUUCGCUCACCCCGCAUCCCCCUCGCUUACCUCACAUUCCCCGUCGCUCACCCUUUUUCCCCCCGUCGCUCACCCGUUAUUCCCCCGUCGCUCACCCCUCAUUCACCCGUCGCUCACCCCUCUUUCCUUUCCCCCGUCGCUCACCCGUUAUUCCCCUGUCGCUCACCUCACCCCUCACUUCCCCUCUUGUCGCUCACACCUAUUUCCUUCCCCCCUUCGCUCACCUCUCGUUUCCCUGUUUCACUCACCUCUCAUUCCCCCCCUUCACUCACCCCUUGUUUCCCCCAUUUGCUCACCCUCAUUUCCCCCCGUCUCUCACCCCUCAUCCCCCGCGUCGCUCACCCCACAUUUCCCCCAUUUCACCCUCCGUUUCCCCGUCACUCUCCCCUCAUCCCCCCUCCCCCCCCUCCCCUUCUCCCUUCCCCCGUUGCUUUCCCCCACCCUCUGUCACCUCUCAUUCCUGUCCCUCACCCCUUAUUCAUUCCACAUCCAUCUCCCAAUCCGAAUGUACCAACUCCCUGUGCAUUUCUGCUCACCCUGUUUCCACUCACAUGUCUGAGCCGCUGUUUCCCCACUGCUCCCCUCGCCUCUCCCCACCUCUCCCCAUCCCACUCCCAUCGCUCGUCCCUCUCUCCCAUCUCCUUCCUCCUCCUAUUUCACUUCCCCCACUCUCAUCUCACUUCCUUCCAUCCACCCCCCCCAUAUACCCGUUGUCUUCCUUCCAGCGGCCUUGCGCUGUCCGGUCCUGCCAAAUUCCCUACCCCCUCACAGCCUUUCCCUGUUUCCUCCUUAUUCCCUGCGCACCCAUCAUUCCAGCUGCUCUUGUUGCCACGACCAGAGGGAUCACCCCCUCUUUCACCUCCCCCCGACCCCCCCCACCCACCCCGUUGCAGCCUCCUCAUAUCCCUUCUGUCAGACAUUGGCCUUGGCCCCUUUCCCAUUCUCAUCCCACUUCCCUCCCAUCUGCUCUCCAUCUUAUUCCCCUUGCUUCCUUACUGUCAGCAGCAUUGUUGA